ACUGCCGACUCUAUUCGACCUGCCCUGCUUUGCCUCCCCCCUCUCUAGACCUUCCGCAUGGGCUUUUAACCCCCCAAUAACUGCUCAGGUCGGUGAUAUGGACAAACACCGCCGCGAUGAGUCGCCUUCUGGUCUGUCAGAUAUUGUCGAGCAUGACGGUCUUCUAGGGACCGGCCUGACGACAUAUCGAGGCCUCGGGAGGAAAGUAACGUCGACAGCCGGGCAUUUAAUGGGCCCUACGGCCGACGGGAAUCCCGCCCAUUACCACAAUGCGAUGGCGGAUAUUCAGCGCGAGCUGCGGCGGCCCAACACGCAGCGCAGAGUGUUCGCCUUGACCCAAACCACGCCGACGGAUCUGGUCCGCUCCAAGCUGUCGACUUCCGAAAUCCAAUCGCGAGCUCUCUCCUCUCUACCCGACGACCUCCUUGCGAACAUCCCCGACGACAGCAGCUCCUACUCCCUGUUUGAAGGCUUCCAGGCCUCCCAAGACGAUAUUGAAUAUAGAAAGGCCCAUCGACGGCGCGUUUCCAAAUCGAAGAAAUUGUUGAAAGAUGGCGAAAACCGGGCGGCCCUUCCGUCCACCCCGGCGGACCUGAAGAAGGAACGCGAUCUGUUAAGUCGCCGCAUGCAACUGAUGGGUGUGCGCAAAAAUAUGUGCAGCUCGGAGAUACACGAUAUAGACAACAAGAUCGCGAACCUUCACAACAUGCGCAAGAUUGUUUUGGACCGGUUGGCUGGACUAGAGAUGGAGGAGGCGGAAUUGGAACACGAACUGACCGAGCUCGAAAAUAAACUUGAGGAUAUUGAAGAGGAAACACCGGAAGCUUCUGCUGUUAUGGGCACUCCGAAAUCAUCCGCAAACGAUGAAUCGAUGGGCUCCGAGGAUCCGGCCAUGGACGCAUCUUUCAUGUCGGAAUCAAUCUAUCAGAAGAUUCCAUCGCCGAAGAGCCUGAAGCACAAAUCAAAAAGAAAACGGUCUAUGCCUAUUCUACACGAGCACUUCAAUCCCGGAUCGUUGAUUAAGGAGAUGGAAGCGCAUACCGAUAUGGUGACGGCCAUUGAUUUUGACUAUCCUUUCGGCACAAUGAUCACCGCAGCGUUGGAUGAUACCGUGCGAGUUUGGGAUCUCAAUGUUGGAAGGUGUACUGGGUUUUUGGAGGGGCAUAACGCAUCGGUUCGAUGUCUCCAGAUCGAGGACAACAUCGUGGCUACGGGUUCUAUGGAUGCCUCAGUCAAGCUUUGGGAUUUGAGUCGCGCCCGCUCUAGACCUCGAAGCAGCCGCAUUAACAAGCAAGAGGACGAAGAAGACGCUGCUGACGAUGCUUCCCAAGUAUCCCAUUCAACGACGUUGGAGGAUUGCCACGUAUUUUCACUAGAUUCCCAUGUCGGUGAGACUCUGCGCCAAUGGGAUCUCGUCAAAGGACGUUGUGUACAGACAUUGGAUGUUCUUUGGGCUGCAGCUCAGGCGGAUACAUUGAAUGGAGACAGCACAUGGCGACCGUCCGGACGCGUACCAGACGCAUCUGCAGACUUUGUGGGGGCGCUUCAAUGUUUCGAUGCCGCCCUGGCUUGCGGUACUGCCGACGGCAUGGUCCGUCUGUGGGAUCUGCGCAGUGGCCAGGUUCACCGUAGUCUUGUUGGCCAUACUGGCCCCGUUACAUGCCUACAGUUUGAUGAUGUGCAUCUCGUGACGGGAAGUAUGGACCGUAGUAUUCGGAUCUGGGAUCUCCGUAUGGGAUCUAUCUACGACGCAUUCGCCUACGAUAAACCUAUCACUAGCAUGAAGUUCGACGCGAAGCGAAUUGUGGCUGCUGCAGGAGAGAGUGUGGUGAAGGUUUACGACAAGGCGGACGGCAACCACUGGGACUGUGGUGCCGGUGUUGGUGUGGACGAACAAGGACCGCUUCCUGCGACCGUUGACCGAGUGUGCCUCAAGGACGGAUUUCUCAUUGAAGGUCGCCAGGACGGUAUUGUUGGCGCGUGGACGUGUUAG